AUGUCUAAACUGGUCAAUGGCGUGAGGUCGUUUUCUACAACGGCCUCUAGCUUACUGGCCGACGCAACCUCAGCUUCACGAUCGGUCGCUCAACCUUCUUCAUUCCAGGUCUUUCGCGAUGUCCCUCCCCUCCGCCAAUUGCGCCAUCAGCUGUUGAAAAAUGAACGCACGGUGGGAUUCGUCCCUACCAUGGGAGCACUCCACGAAGGUCACCUUUCUCUGAUCCGAGAAGCCGCCCGCGAGAACACCGACAUCUUUGUUAGCAUCUUCGUCAACCCCACACAAUUCGGUGUGAAUGAGGAUCUAUCAAGCUAUCCUCGUACAUGGGAUAGUGACGUGGAGAAGUUGGAGAAGCUGAAUGAUGAGCUCGGCCGCACAGGUGCGCCAGGCGCGGGACAAAUCACUGCCAUCUUCGCCCCGACGUCCAAGGUCAUGUAUCCGACUCUACCUCCAUCCUCGGAGAUCGAUGGUCAGGGUUCAUUUGUCACAAUCACACCCCUCUCUUCAAAGCUAGAGGGAGCUCUUCAACGCCACUACCCCGACCGGGUAUACUUCGGCCAGAAGGAUGUACAGCAAACCGUCAUUAUCAAGCGGAUGGUCCAGGACUUCCUUCUUGAUACAAAAGUUCGCAUUAUCAGUACCUCUCGCGAGGCAGAUGGACUGGCACUAAGCUCUCGCAACGUCUACUUGGGCGACCGACGACGCGCUGUAGGCCUCACAAUCUACAAGGCUCUCAAGGCUGCCGAAGAUGCAUAUCUUUCGGGAAAGACUACCCGAGCAGAUAUCCUAGGUGCUGCCCGAAGCAUUACCGAUCGAGUGCUAUCUGAACAGCAGGCACUUCCGCCUGCGGAGAGGGCCCUCUUUGAGGUGGAUUAUAUCUCCCUCGCUGACCCUGAUACUCUCGACGAGCUGGAUCUCGUCGAUUCCACCAAGGGAGGUGUCCUGAGUGCGGCCCUGAAGAUGGCACCCUUAGAGGAGAACAAGCCCGGCGAGGAUUGCGGAUUGGGAGAUGGUAAGGUCCCGGUGCGACUCAUCGACAACCUGAUCCUCCAACCCCGGGCAUGA